AGAACACAGUAGCAUGAAUAUGUCUUUCUCUGACUCCCAGAAUCUACCUCCCCCACCACCACCGCCGCCCCCAUUGAUCGGCAAAACCGCCCCCAAGCUACCAACUGUAGCAUCAGAGGGACCCACCGGGGCUUACCUGGUCGAGUUACUAAUUUUCAACGGCUGGCCCUUUAAAGACCACUGGGCUUACUCGGUUCGGUCACCAUCUGCCCCUGAUAUCGGUGUGCAGCUCCAUGCGACCGGGGAUGUAAGGAACGGCUUCGAGUUCCAAAUCAAGCGCCACUAUGACUUCCAUGACGACAACAGUGAACGCCCCUCUACCCGGAUUCCCUUACAGUGGAUCGACGGGAAAUACUUUGACGAACGGGCGAUGAUGAAUAAUGGGGUGCUGGAGCUGGACAAUGUGCCUGUCUGUGGCUUUGAGGCUAGUGUACACAAGGUUAAGGCUCCGGGGAAGUCUUUGAAUACGGUCACCGAGACUGCCAUUUUGGAAGGCAAGAAGGCGCAAAAGGUGAACCAAAGGAACUGUCAGACAUGGAUUGUGGAGUCUGCCGAUCAACUUGUCCGCGACGGGAUAUUUCGCGAGGACGUUGCGGCGUAUCUUCGUGCUAUUGAGCAGUGAUACACGUGUGGUACUAUCCAAACACUAUCCUUCAUCUGCUUGCUAGAAGCGAGAUGCAUAGACAUUCUUUUCCUUGCGGAGAAAUCGAACACGAUCGUAUGAGUUGCGUCUUUUUCGAGGCGAAGCACCCGCUCAGCCUUGCCGAUCGGGACCUGAACUGUCAACCAAUGUUCGCAAUGCGGGCAGCGGAUUUGUCCGGAAUCUGAGUGGAUAUCGUGCCGUAGGAUCCACUGUAGGAACGGAGGCUAAGAUGGCACUAAAGGGGCGUCCAGAGCAUUGACGUCUGCCACCACAUUCCUGGACUACUCCGUAGUAGAAGCAGAGAUUUCGAUCCAGAGAUGUCAAGUAGCAUAUUCAGUAAACCAAUAAAGGAUCUAGGUGGAGCAAUACAGUUCAAAUCGUAGACCCGCAAAAGUGUCUGCCUAUCAAUGCUUAAUGACCAUGAUAAGAGAUCUUAGUAGGAGCCCCACCCGGGCGCUCAGACAACGCAAGGGGAUGAAUUGGGUAAGCUUACGAACAAUG